AUGGCUGAUACACUUCCAAGGUCGUCUCGACGCCGGCAAGCAUCUGUUUACUCCAUUACAGAUUCUCACGAUCCCCCCACAGAAACCCAGAGAGUGUCGGUCCCAAUUCCACAGUCACUUUCAAGUUUCACUCCGACCUUGAAGUCUCCGUUGACUCGAUUCCAAAGGGUUAAGACCAUUGAUAAAUCAGUCUUUACUCCUCCUUCAAGCGAGCCGGCCAUCUCUAGAAUGUCUGACAGUAUGUCUGAUGCUACGUUUUAUACACCUUCACCUUCACACUCCCCUACUACAUCCACCGACAAUUUAAUGGAGACGUGUACCACUAAGCCAGCAUCCGAGAAUUUCACCACCAGAAAUAAUAAAGCGGGAUCAAACAAAACUAACCAUACAAGUAAAUCUACUACUGCCUCCAAGUCCCAUGGCAUGUCUGGUUCCAGUUUCAAGUUGACAGUGCCAGAAAUAGAAUGGGAGAAACAGACAGUGGUUUCAGGGUCCCCUGGUGCAAAUGCAAAAGUACUCUCAUCACAAAGGAAACUGCUGUUGAAUAGAUUGGUGGAAGCUCUUGAUCAGAGCAACGAACGAAGGAUCGCCACUGCUUCUAUAAAUUACCCACCAAAAGCCCCAGCACUCCAGAAUUCCAACUCCCAAGCGGCUGCUCCUGCCACAACUCCAACCAACCAAACAUUGCUGUUGUCUGCUGCAUCCUCGGCAUCUUCUUGUACAUCCAACUCAGGCUCAUUGCUUUCAUCGCAAACGGUACAAACUAGUGUUUUUUCUCCCGUACGAUCCUUCACUUUCCAUGAUGAUAUCCCCAAUAGUAAUGUCAAUUAUUCCCCCAAACAUUCACAACAGCCAGCAAACUUUAACCGAAACACAAAGAACCUUUCACUUAACCUUGUCCAUGAUCAUCACCAACAGCAUAAACAUCAUCUAUCGCAUAUUCAACCACUGGCUACUCCCGCUCAACCGUUGGACGAAAGUCAACCAAACUCCACCACUUUCCAAACACAAUUACCUGGCCGAAGCUUGAGCUUGCUUAUACCCAACCAGGCUCAAAUAGAACCAGACACAAGCACUCCUAUAAAUAAUAAUAAUAGUAAUAAAGUUUUUAGUGGGAAUGAAGCAAUAAGGCCGAAUAAUUCCGAGUGUUUGUCAGAUUCUACAGGAACGGGCUCAGCUACAUUAACAUCUACAAAUCCAUCUGAAGGUUUAACAACGAAUGGUGCAACGACGACAUCUUCCAAAAUCAACGAUACCACCAAGUUUGGUAAGUCUAAUACAAACUCGGAUGACAACACUAGCAUGUCUGAUAGCACCAAUUCUAUAUUUGACUCCCAAAUACAACCAGAUGAUCUUGAUUUAAAUGAAGAUACUUUUUCUAAUGAGGUGGUUCCCCAAUUCAGUCGAAUGCUGUUACCGCUGGGGAAGUUCAAAUUUGGAUUCCCUGAAGAACUUCAAGAGUCUUCACAAUUGGAAGCAUAUCCUCAAGGUCCACGAAGUGUAUUUAAUGACUUGAUUUACCUUUAUGGAGAUCCACAGAAAUCAAAAGUUGCAGUAGAUAUCAAGCAAUACGAUUUGGUUAUUAAUGUUGCAAAAGAGUGCCAGAAUUUGCAGGACCAAUUCGACACUUGCAACAACUCCAAGGAAUACUUAUUUGUCCCCUGGACCCACACAUCACUGAUUCUGAAGGAGUUACCGUUUUUGACAAAGAAGAUUAGUGAAUAUCUGUCGUUGGGAAAGAAGAUUCUUGUCCAUUGUCAAUGCGGAGUUAGUCGUUCUGCUUGUGUGAUUGUGGCCUUUUUCAUGAUGCAGUUUCAACUACUGGUAAAUGAAGCAUAUGAACUUUUAAAGUCUGGUUCUGAUAGCGAAACAGGAAAGAGUGACAGGCUUAAAGGUUAUCACAUUAAUGCAUGCGAAAGAAUAUGUCCAAAUAUGAGUUUAAUAUUUGAAUUGAUGGACUUCAAUGAAGUGUUACAGGGCUUGACGACUCCCACUGGAAAAUAG